CGCAGGCAGAGAAAAACGUGUUUUUGUUGAUUUCGGUUUGCCUACGAGCGUGCGGACAGUUUCAAUAGCGUUUUCCGGACACGUUUGGAAUAGAGAACAGGUCCUGUAAAACCGAUUCCACGGUGAACUAAUUCCCUUCGAUAUGAUCCAAUCAAAGAAGCGUCCCGUUUCCGAGGAUUCCGAUUCGGUAAAGAACGUCACAAAAAAGCUUAAACCCGCGGCAGUCGUCGCCAAAGCGAAUGGCGAAGGCAAAGAGAGCAAACCAACCGGGAAAAAAUUCACCCCAAAAGGAGGGGACCCCGGUAAGUUCCAGAAGAAGCUUGGACCCGGUAAAUUCAAAGACAAACGAGGAACCGCUUCCGCUGCUGGAGCCGAGAAGAAACCAUUUGUGGAGAAUACGCCGGAAUCCAAACGGGAAUACUGGAAUGGGCUGAAGGCCAAACAGAAGGAACUACGGGAGCAGCGUCGGAAGGCUAAGAGCAAGGACCUGUACGAACUGAGCGUGGGAAUCAAGAAAGUGUAUGAAACACUUAAAAGGAAAUCAACGACCAAUAAGGAGAAACUGGUUUCGGACCUGCACGAAAUGUUGAACAAAGAGAACACUUACAGCCGGAUAGCCAGCAGCCACGAUACGGCCCGCGUCAUUCAGUGUAUGAUCAAAAACGCCUCCGAUGAAGUUCGGCAGCAAAUCACCGAAAAACUGCUGCCGCACAUCUUCGAGCUUGCAACGUCCAAAUACGGCCAUCACUGUGUCACAUGCUUGUUCAAAAACGGCGCCAAACCACUCCUAACGAAAGUGGUCGACGAGAUCAUCAAGCACGUGGUCAAAAUGGCUAACCAGACGUUUUCCGGUAGCAUUGUUGAUACGGUCUAUAACGAACAUGCCAGUCCGGAGCAGAAGGCCUUCAUGCGGCAGGCUUUCUAUUCGGAAAUUUACCAACUUUCCAAGGACAAAAACGUGACUUGCAUGAAGGACACUUGGGUUACCAAUGGUUACAUGAAGAAAACAGUUUUGACCACCGUCAAGGGACACCUGGUGCAGGCAGCCAACAAGCAGCUAGCGGACAAUUCGCUGCUGCACGCUCUGCUUUCUGACUUUCUGCAGGAAGCUGGAGAGCUUGAAAGGACUGAAGUCAUUGAACUUUAUCUGCCCCAUUUGGCUGCCAUUUCAAGUACCAAGGAAGGAGUCACAGCAGCCAUUUUCAUCUUCCUCAAUUCAGUGGUAAAAGAUCGCCGUGCGGCUUUAAAAGCCCUAAAACAGUACGUCGAUAAACUGUGCGUCCACGAGCACGGACACCGAUUGAUUCUGUGCAUCCUCAACUGCUACGAUGACACGGUAGUACUCGGCAAGCAGCUGGUAUCCGUUAUACUGGAGAACGUCGAAACCAUCGUGGCCAGUGGAGAGUGGGGCCGCAAAGUGGUCGGGUGGGUUUUUUCGCCAGCCGACAGGGACUUGCUACAUCCGACUCAGAUCGACAUUUUGGACGGGUAUCUGCAGUACAGCAAAAAAGAUAAAGAAAUUCGCCGGAAGGAGAUUUUUGCUGCCGCCGUAGAACCGUUCUGCAAAGCUGUGGCUAAAAAUGCUGCUUUUUGGCUGCGUGGAGGACACACCGCACUUCUGACAGCGGCCAUAGUGAAAAAUUUGAAAGGCGAUGCUCUGCGCAAAGUUCACGAUGCGUUAGCCCAGGUAGUGUGCGACCCGGACUGGAAGAUCCACGAGAACGAAGUCAAUGCCGAAGGCCAACCGAUGAUUGUGAUACCAGCAAAGCUGGAACAGCCUUCGAAGGACGGCAAAAAAGGCCCAGCAAAAAUUAAAAAGAUCAAGAAAAGCCCGUUCGCAGAGGAAAAGGAAAAGUCACAGGAAAAGAUUUUGGCAGCCAACCCCUUGAUCAACGGCACCGAACACGCAGGCCUUCAUAUAGCGCUGAAAAAGAUUAUCAAACUUGACCCAGAACAUCGGCACGACGACGAGCAAGUAUCUCAGUUUGGCCAGGCUGUGAUACAGUGUCUACCGGAGGAAUCUGUAAAAACAUGGAUUGUUCAGAACCGGCCCUGCUUCCUGCUGCUUCUGAGCUUUGAGCAUUCAACGGAAUCUGUACAGGUUCUGCUAAAACAGAAGCUAAAACCGGUCAAGGCUGAUUUAAAAAAGCAGUCCCACGCCGGGGCCAAACUAUUGUUGGAAAAACUCAAACUUUAGCUUAUAGAAAGCAGUCACCGCGGUACGAUUUAUGAUUUAUAAGUUGUAGAUUUAACAAAUGAGGAAAUACACAAUGCUGAACUUCUAA